GUGCAAGUCCAAAAUGACGAAGAAGAUCCUGGACGAGGCUAUCGCAAAGAACGACGCAAGGGGAAUCAUAACAUCCGGAGGCAUCACAACGCAGUGGGCAUUGGAGGAUGUUCCGUCUGCAAGCUCGACACCACGCAGUUGGAGUCCUGUUUUCACCCCAACCUCAUCUCAGUUCUUCGAUUCUUAUCCACCUUCAGGGACAACCACACCUAAGUUCGCCCUACUAGAGAUGACAGGCCUCAACGCCGCGCUUAGUCUUCGUCUUAGUCUUCGUACUGGUGCCAAAUCACGUACAUGUCCCCUGUGCCCAUCAGUGACGAAGCGCACUUACACGCCAGAAGCACUUCGCUGUCAUUUAUCCUCGACCGUCCACAGGUGCAGCAAGGCAUCCAUAGCCUCUUGUUUAUCAGCUCCUGGAAUAACAUUCCAUUGCCCAAGUGGUCUGGUCGGUGCAGGAGACAAGAAGAAGACGAAAGAGUUUGCAUCAGUGAGUGGGCUGGCACAGCAUCUUGAGAGCGGUGCUUGCUUGGGAGGCAAAGAGACAAUGAAGCGUGUCGUGCAGUUUGUGCAGAAGGAAAUGAAAAAUCUUGGGUUUGGGGACAGCAAAUUGUUGUUGUGA